AUGGGGAUCACUGUCACUGUGAUUGAUCCUGCUGAUAUCGCUGGUCUUGAAGGUGCUGUGAAUAAGUACCAAGUCAGCCCUCUGAAUCAGAAAGCCCUUGCUCUUGGUGUUGAUCUUGUCGUAGCUGAAGCUUCUCUUAAAAGGGUUCCUCUGAGGUUCACACUCGAGCAUCUGUUAGUAAUGCCCCAUCUCAGUCAAGAGACUCUACAAAGCUCCCUGCUCAACAGUCUCAGAAACGAACCCUAUCCACCUUCUUUUAGUUCGCCUCCUGCUCCUUCAAGAAGUGCUAACAGUUUAAGUCAUGCCAACAAGGCGGAUACUAGUCCAGCUAUAGGUAACAAUAAUACUACUCAAACUUCUCACAGUGGUGCCCCGAGUUAUUUCCCAAGAGACUCUACAACAUUUACAAGGAGUGAUGAGAAUGUUGUCAGCUCUAAUGUCUCUGGUGUGGAUGAUAAGAAGCUGCCUACUCAACAAGCUAUGAGGAGAACCCUUCUGCCGUCUCUGAAUCCCACUCCUAAUACAUCAAGAAGUGCUAACAGUGUUAGUCAUGGAAACAUGGGGGAUUAUAGUAGUCCAGCUGUAGGUAACAAGAAUAUUUUUGUUGAUGGUUACUACCGUGGAGCUCAUGCUGAGAUUGAUUGUUCUGAUAAAAGCACUAAAGUAUAGCUUGAUGGUGGUGAAGAGAAGAGCUUGAUGCUUUUAGUUCAUGUUUUCAUAUAUUGACUUUGUGGGUUUAAACUUUUAAUGGAAAACUAUAUGAUUGUUCAAUAAGUGG